GGAAUAGUGCCUGGCAACACGACCGCACUGUGCGCCGACUGCCUCUGGAUUACCGUUGUUCCAGCGGUGUCAGGAUUACACAACUCUCCAGAGCCACAUCAGGAAGACAUGGGGUGGGCCACUGACAUCAAAGAAGCCUCACAUCAUUUCAUGGCCAACUCUGAAGUGCAGAGCUGUUUGAUUUAAAUGAAUACAGAGCUGGACAACAUCUGGCUGUAUGUAGAUUUUAUUGUCAGCAUCAAGAGCAGAGCAGCCAUUACCCUUCAGUGCAUCAUCUGAAUGGAAAUAUGGACACCGUCAAUGCAGGAAUUCUAACUCAACAUGUCCAGGAACUAUGAGCCUGGUCACUCAGUAGGGAUGUUGGCUGCCGUGGAACAUGGUCCCAUCCUCUGCAGCGACUCCAACAUCCUCUGCCUCUCGUGGAAAGGCAGAGUCCCCAAGAGUGAAAAGGACAAGCCGGUGUGCCGGAGGCGGUACUAUGAGGAGGGCUGGCUCGCCACGGGGAACGGGAGAGGAGUUGUUGGGGUGACGUUUACAUCGAGUCACUGCAGGAGGGACAGGAGCACACCUCAGAGAAUCAAUUUUAACCUGCGAGGACACAACAGCGAGGUUGUCUUGGUGCGUUGGAAUGAACCCUUUCAGAAGCUGGCCACCUGCGAUAUGGAGGGAGGGAUCUUUGUGUGGAUCCAGUAUGAAGGGAGAUGGUCAGUAGAGCUAGUGAACGACAGAGGAGCCCAGGUGAGUGACUUCACUUGGUCACAUGAUGGCACUCAAGCCCUCAUCGCAUACCGGGAUGGCUUUGUGUUAGUUGGCUCAGUCAGCGGACAAAGACACUGGUCGUCUGAGAUUAACCUGGAGAGUCAGAUCACCUGUGGCAUCUGGACGCCUGAUGAUCAACAGGUGUUGUUUGGCACAGCGGACGGUCAGGUGAUAGUGAUGGACUGUCACGGACGAAUGCUCGCACAUGUCCUAUUACACGAGUCUGAUGGGAUCGUGAGCAUGUCCUGGAACUGCCCCGACUUCCUGGUGGAAGACAGCACAGAGAGCGACACAGACUCUGAUGACAAUAUUCUGCCUUUAGUGCGGCGAGUCAAGCCGUUGUUGACAGUCACCUUCUUAUCCGGAGAUAUCAGUUUAAUGAACAACUAUGACGACCUCUCUCCUGCUGUAAUUCGCUCAGGGCUGAAAGAUGUUGAGGCCCAGUGGUGCUCCCAGGGAGACCUCCUGGCUGUGGCCGGCAUGGAGAGACAUGGGCUUCCUGUUGACUCUGCCUGUUCGUCCAUCAUGAGGAAUGCCCUCGUUAAGUUCUAUAAUGUCCAAGGAGAGCACAUCUACACUUUGGAGACACCGGCACAGAGGCCCAUCACCACCAUCUGUUGGGGUCAUAGAGACUCCCGUCUGUUCCUUGCAUGUGGACCAGCACUCUAUGUGGUGCGUGUGGAGCACAGGGUGGCCAGCCUCCAACUCUUAUGCCAGCAGGGCAUCGCCAGCGCCCUGCGAGAGGAGAAGGAUGUGGGGAAACUGAACAUGCCCUCGCUGCUCUGCUCCUAUGUCACCACUGCUUUCAUACCCACCAUCAAGCCCCCAAUCCCUGACCCCAACAACAUCCGUGACUUUGUCAGCUAUCCCACAGCUGGGAAUGAGCGGCUCCACUGCACCAUGAAGCGAGCAGAGGACAGCCCAGAGGCAGGCGGACCCUGCUACACUCUUUACCUAGAAUACUUAGGAGGACUGGUGCCCAUCCUCAAAGGAAGGCGCAUCAGUAAACUACGGCCCGAGUUUGUCAUUAUGGAUCCAAAAAUGGACAGCAAAGCAGAGGAGGUGUGUGUGAAUCCCAUGAUCUCAUACACUGACAGCUGUAACUGCUCUGACUCCAGUGACAUUGAGUUGAGCGAUGAGUGGGUUGGGAAGAAGUCACCGAAGUUAUCCCGAGGAAACAGGAUGAACAUGGAAUCAAGAAAAUCUCCCAAACUUUCACGCGCCAAUCAGGAAAGCCAACGGUCGCCACGGUUACCAACAAAGAAGCCUCCAGUUCGGUCUCCAAGUCUGACACGCCGAGAGUUUUCCAUGGAUGGGAUCACAGAGCACAACUACCUUGCUCAAGUCACAUCCAACAUUUGGGGGACGAAAUUCAAAAUUGUUGGACUUGCUUCCUUUCUCCCUGCCAAUCUCGGUGCAGUCAUCUAUAAGACGAGUCUGCUUCAUCUGCAGCCGAGACAGAUGACAAUCUACCUUCCAGAGGUGCGAAAGAUUUCUCAUGACUUUAUGAGCCUGCCUGUGUUCAACCCCAACGUGUUCAGUGAGGAUGAGGAUGACUUACCAGUGAUGGGGCCAUCUGGAGUGGCAGGAGACAACCCUCCCUGCACAGUCAACAUUCCCAUUGCUCCUAUCCACAGCCCGGCUCAGGCCAUGUCUCCAACUCAGAGUAUCGGCCUGGUUCAGUCUCUCCUGGCCAAUCAGAACAUUCAGCUCGAUGUCCUGACCAACCCUACAGCCACUGCAGCAGCUGCAGCUGCAGCCGCAGCAGCCUCUGUCCCUGUUACUGAUCACGGGCAGGACGCAGUUCCAACACCGUACCCAGUGCCAGCUAGAUACUCAAACCCUGGUCAGGUGAUCUUCAACGGGCUGGAGAUGGGUCCUCUUCUCCCUGGUACUCUUCCUCCCCCACCUCCACCCCACCAUCUCCCACCGCAGCCUCACCCGCAGAGGUCUCAUUCACAACAGCCUCGCCAGUUGCCGUCUAAACAGUCACAACAAAUGCAGGCACAGCAGCAGCAGCAACAGCAGCAGCAGCAGCAGCAGCAGCAGCAGCAGCAACAGCAGAAAAUAAUGCAUCAUCAUCAACAACAGCAGCAGCAGCAGCAGCAGCAGCAACACCAUCAACAACACCAGGUUCAGCAACAGCAACAAAUGCAACAAAACCCACAGCAAGUGACGCACCAACAACUUCACCACCAACAGCAGAUCCAGCAGCAGCAGCAACAGAUGCAGCUGCAGCAUGAGCAGAUGCAGCAACAGCAGCAGCAGAUGCAACAGCAGCAACAGCAGAUCCGCCAACAGAUCCAGGAGAUGAGACAGCAGCAGCAGCAGCUCCAGCAGCAGCACCAGCAGAUCCAGCAACAACACCAACAGAUGCAGAGGCAGCACCAACAAAUGCAGCAGCAACUAAAGAUGCAGAUGGUGCUGCCCCCUCCUCCAUCUGGCUAUCCAACUAUUUCAUUACAACAGAUUCAUCUCCUGCCUCCUCCUCCUACCACUGAGCCUGGGUUCAGCAGGGCGGAGCAUAGCCACACUCUUAAACCAAGUCUGCCACGGACUUUACCUCCCUUCAGCGACAUGGAUGGAUCAAUGGAGAUUCAGAUGAGGAAGGUGAAUCCCCCUCCUCCAUACCCAGGCACUGUGGUGUCUGCAGCAACAGUUACAGCUGUUGCUACACCUCAAACUCUUGUCACAAACUGUGACAGCCCAAGUGUCCUGGCACCAGACCCCUGCUUGAAGAAGGAUGAAUUUUUGCUCCAUCCUGUCACUUUACAGUACCCGACACCCCUUGGGUAUGAAAGGAUCACGACCUUUGACAGCAGUGGCAAUGUGGAGGAGGUUUGUCGGCCGCGCAGGCGCCUCGUUCGCAACCAAAAUGCAUAUGCUGUCCAUGGCAUCGGAGGCUCGGCCACACUCAAAGUCACUUCCUCUGAGAAUAAAAAAAUCCAACUUCCCUACAGCUCAGCAACUCUUAGUCGUCUCUCUGUCCCUCGAUACUCAAUACCUAGUGGUGACCCUCCUCCUUACCCUGAUCCAGCCAAUCAAGUAACUGCUACACUUCCUCCUCCUCAGAGGAUUGACAGCAGUCUGAUACAUGCUACUCUACGCCGUGACCGCAGGGAGGUGGGACUCAAAGUGCCACAGAUGAUGGAAAGCUCAAGGACCCUCCCCACCAAGGCUAAAAUGAACAGCGCACUAGCACUUAGCUACCAGCAGAGGGUGCCCACUGCAUUGUACACAUGCACACAGUGCAGCAGCAACAGCAGCAGCACCAGUGUCAGCGUUAGCGGUGGUGGAACUACAAGCAGUGGCAUCGCUGGUGGCACGGUGGUGAGGCAGGACUUCCCACCAGGGAAAGGAGCACAUCACAGCACCAUUAUCGUGCACUCCAAAAGUAACACACCCAUGGCCUCUCAGUCAUCUUACAGUCUGCUUAGUGCUGUUGAUAACAGCAGGGACAGAACAGUGUAUGUUAACUCUGCCUUCACUGAAGAUGAGACUUUAAAUCAGCAGUGUCACCUUGAGAAAUCUGUACGUCAGCUGACUCUCGGCGAUGUCAGUUUGACAGUUAAACGCCCUCCGCCUUACCAGUGGGACACCUCGACCACAGAGGAGUUCUGGCUCACUCCAGAACAAACAAUGUUAGGUCCUCCACCUGGACCUCAUAAACCACCUCCACUUAUCAUCAGUCAAGCUCAGCACAUAGACAUGACUCGGCUGCCGUUUGUCCUCACGACUAAACCUCCAACCAGUCAGACCACAAGCACUCUUACUUUCCCAUCAGGUUACCAAAUAUCCCUCUCGCCUUUUCCUCCAGGUGUGGCUCACGGCGGUCCUCCACUUCAGACCUUACAGAACCCUCCACCACAGUGUUCUCCAAAUGAAGUAGUUGGUUCAGUCCCUUAUGCUCAGCAGGAUCCCAACUUAGUCUUGCCACCAGGCUAUCCUCCAAGUCUGGCUAACUUGGCCUGCUGCCCACUCCCUCCGAUGUAUCCAGGAGCCAGCUCAUGUGCCGGACUCCAGCUGCACCCUGUCAGUCUUCACCCCUGGAACCCGUAUCCCUGCCCGCCUCCCAUGCAAGACCCUCCAGCACCUCCCCUCCCCACCAAAACUCAUCAGAUUUUAGAGAAGCCAAUUCUCUCCCCACCUCCUCCAACUGGGCCACCCCCACCACCCCCUCUCCCCCCUCCUCCUCCACCUACUGAGCUACCACCAUCCAAAAGUGCCACAGAGGAUCUAGCAGAGUCCGCCAACAACUUUCCAGAGCCAUCAUCCCUGAAUGAAAGUCCUGUGCCACAGGAGUCAGAGCGCUUCAACAAGAAGAGCCGCAAAAGAUUGGACAGCAGAGCCGAGGAAGCCAACAUGCCCACUGUCUCUGAGGGAAAAUCCAGAAAGGAAGGCCGUGCACUCUCGGACUUUAACACUCUCAUUUCCAGCCCAAGGCUUGGCAGCAGGGAGAAGAAGAAGCCCAAGGGGCAGAGAGAGCAGCUCAAUAAAACCAAGAAGAUGAGCAGGACCACAAAUGAGUUCCAGGAUAGUUCAGAGAGUGAGCCAGAGCUGUUUAUUAGUGGUGAUGAGCUCAUGAAUCAGAACCAGAGUAGUAAGAAGAGCUGGAAGAACAAGCGCAGCAUGCGUAUGGCGAGUGAGCUGGAGGAGAUAAAGUGCCGCAAGGCAAAUGAAAGGGAGGACCGCAGUUUGGGAAGCCAAGGAUUCGUCUAUGUCAUGGCCAAUAAACAACCAUUGUGGAAUGAAGCCACCCAGGUCUACCAGCUCGAUUUUGGAGGACGAGUCACACAGGAGUCAGCAAAGAAUUUUCAAAUUGAGCUGGAUGGUAGACAGGUGAUGCAGUUUGGGCGCAUCGAUGGGAAUGCCUAUAUCUUGGAUUUCCAGUAUCCUUUCUCAGCAGUGCAGGCAUUUGCUGUUGCCUUGGCUAACGUGACUCAAAGGCUGAAGUGAAGCAAAGGUUUUGUGUUAGUGUAGACAAAUUCAAAAGAAGCCACAAUGGUCUAGCAGCCCGACGUGUAUGGGGCUAGAGCUGGGAAAAUGUCAGUGUUGUGGUGGUUCUUAUUGAUGUUCAAGUUGGUCUUGCACAUGCAGACAAUCAGUCUGUUGAAGGCGAUGCCAGUCGAGGUCAGUGAUCAUGGAGGCUGCGCCAGUUAGUCCAUCACUUCUAGUUCACAUGUUGAAUGUACUCAAGCUAGUUUUAUUUAUUAUUCAAAUGUUAUUUAGUGAAGUAAAAAAUGUCAACCUUCCCUGGAUAAACAAAAGGUUAACUAAGUAGAUGUUGAAAUGGAUUUUAAAAACAGUGUGGAGGUUUCGUACCACAUGUGGUGCCAAAGACAUCCUCCCUCUCUUAAAAUGGUGGCUAAUUCAGUGUAUUUCAAAUAAAUAAAUGUUUAAAAUAUGUGUUUUAUGUUGAUAGAAAAUAAACACAGCAAAUACCUACAUUGUUAGGUACAAUGGCAUUCAAAAUUGCACAUAAAUGUUCACCAAGCCAUACCAUAUCUGAUACACUGCAUUAUUUUAAGUCAGUUUUAAGUAAUUAGGUUAAUGAAUUAUAAGGUUUUAUUUGUAUUAUUUUUCAGUACCUUUAUUUGUAUCUUUAUUGGUCAUUAGGAACCCAUUUGUUGAAAGCAUUGAUUUGCUUUUAAGUCUGUUUUGUUUGUUAAAUGUCCUCUACAUUGUGUUCAAAUUGCUGAACAUGCAAUAGAAGAAUAUAUUGAUUCUGCAACUGCAACCUGAAGAGCUGAGUACAGUUUACCACAGUUUGUAUAUUUUCUAUUCAUGAUACUUCUAUGAAGUGGUGCAAUGAACAUAGUAAAUCAUAUUGUUUUGGCCACAAUACUGCAAAUCAUUAUUCAGUCAGAGCCGUUAUGAUCUGACCAUGUUAUUCCUUAUUUAUUCAUGUGUAAAUUGAAUUUACAUGUUCCUUUUCAUUUCCAAAACUCCCCUCUACAAAUGUGAGUAACGGUCACAGUGAGUUUAUGUGUGCCAAAUAAAGCCAAAUGGUCAAACGCAUUUAGCUGAAAGUUAAGUAUGUGGGGACGAUGAUGGAAAAUCCCCACAAACAAAAAUGUGCAUAAACACCGAGAUCCUCUCAGUGAGUCUCAAACUCGGUUGGCUCUGUGUUGUUUUCAUUGGGUGUUUAUGAUGCUACUACAUCAGUAGUUUGCCUCGUUGGAAAUCAGUGCUGCUUUAGAUAGAUAGAGCUUGUGUGCAAUAACGCUACCUACAUAGAACUGAUGUUGUACUCGCAAAAGAAAAUACAAAGCUGCUUGCACUGUGUAUUUAGUAAAUGACUUAACAUCAUUAUAUGCUUAGAAAAAUUGUGCUUAUAUGUUGCUAAUUUCAGUAGUUUUUGUACUUCACCUUUGCUUUAACAUGGUACCAAGUGUUUUUUGAUGUUACACUUGUAGAAAAAAAAAAACAAGAACAACAAACUUGCAGGUAUUAAAUACAACAUAUUCAUAAGUUAAGAUUAACUGUUAGUAGGAGUGAGAUUCAUGUAGAUUUGGUGCUAAUGUAUAAAGAAACAAAUGUGGAAAUGUCUGGACAUUCGUCAUUUGCUAAAAGAAGGUUAUUUUGAAGUAUAUGAAGAAAGUAUUUUGAGAGAGGCUACAGAGAGUUUUCAUUUAAGAGCUUUUUUAAUUUAAUGCAGCUUCAGAGACUUAAGCGACAGUGUGUGUCAGUUUUCAGCAAUACUGCCUAAUGAAUAGUUGGUUGCCUGAUAUUUUUUUUCUCUUAUUUUGUGAAGGAAACAAGUAUGAUGUGACCAUAGGUUUACAUGGACCUAUAGGCUGGCCAAAAUGUAAUAAAAAUACAUUGUUC